AUGGCUCUGAACACUUCCACCAUGGAUGGUGCCGGGCUGGCGGUGGAGAGGGACUUCUCCUUCCGUAUCCUCACAGCCUGCUUCCUGUCACUGCUCAUCCUGUCCACUCUCUUGGGAAACACUCUGGUCUGUGCUGCUGUCAUCAGGUUCCGACACCUGCGAUCCAAGGUGACCAACUUUUUCGUCAUCUCCCUAGCUGUGUCAGACCUCUUAGUGGCUGUCUUAGUGAUGCCCUGGAAAGCUGUGGCUGAAAUUGCUGGCUUCUGGCCCUUUGGGUCCUUCUGUAACAUUUGGGUGGCCUUUGACAUCAUGUGCUCCACUGCCUCCAUCCUCAACCUGUGUGUGAUCAGUGUGGACAGGUACUGGGCCAUCUCCAGCCCCUUCCAGUACGAGAGGAAGAUGACUCCCAAGGCAGCCUUCAUUCUGAUCAGUGUGGCGUGGACUCUGUCUGUCCUCAUCUCCUUCAUCCCGGUGCAGCUCAGCUGGCACAAGGCCAAGCCCAUMAGCCCCUCCGAUGGCAAUGCCACCUUCCUGGAAGAGACCGAGGACAACUGUGACACCAGAUUGAGCAGGACAUAUGCCAUUUCAUCCUCCCUGAUAAGCUUUUACAUCCCGGUGGCCAUCAUGAUUGUCACCUACACCAGUAUCUACAGGAUUGCCCAGAAACAAAUACGGCGCAUCUCAGCCUUGGAGAGGGCAGCGGUCCACGCCAAGAACUGCCAGACCACCACAGGGAAUGGGAAGCCUGUCGAGUGUUCUCAAUCAGAAAGCUCCUUUAAGAUGUCCUUCAAGAGAGAGACUAAGGUCCUGAAGACCCUGUCCGUGAUCAUGGGGGUGUUCGUCUGCUGCUGGCUCCCCUUCUUCAUCUCAAAUUGCAUGGUGCCCUUCUGUGGGUCUGAGGAGACCCAGCCCUUCUGCAUCGAUUCCAUCACCUUUGAUGUGUUCGUGUGGUUUGGGUGGGCUAAUUCCUCCCUGAACCCCAUCAUUUAUGCCUUUAAUGCUGAUUUUCAGAAGGCAUUCUCCACUCUCUUAGGAUGCUACAGGCUGUGCCCUAUAACGGGUAAUGCCAUAGAGACAGUUAGCAUCAAUAACAACGGGGCCGUGGUGCUUUCUAGUCAUCAUGAACCCCGAGGCUCCAUCUCCAAGGAGUGCAAUCUGGUUUACCUGAUCCCGCAUGCUGUGGGGUCCUCUGAGGACCUGAAGAAGGAGGAGGCAGGCGGAAUAGCCAAACCACUGGACAGGCUGUCCCCAGCCCUGUCAGUCAUAUUGGACUAUGACACUGAUGUCUCUCUAGAGAAGAUCCAGCCCACCACACACAAUGGACAGCAUCCAACCUGA